AUGUUAGUGAAAGGGUCAACCAAAUUUCUGAUGGCUCAUCGCCACGACUCUAUGCUUCUGAACAAGAUAAGAUGCUAUGCGACAACAGAUGAUAAUAACCUUGUCUCUGCAGGGAAAGGAAGUCAAGUGUUACAUGAUAGCCUUUGGCCCGAUAAGCACAAUCCUACUCCUUAUGAAAUAUUUGGGUUUGGUGUCGGUACGCAUGUGGAUUUGAAGAAGUUGAAGAUGGAGUAUCACAAAUAUGUGAAGAUGUACCACCCUGAUUUGAGUUCCCAUAUUCAGAUAAGAAAGUCCAGCCUAGUGAAAUCUCAUCAUGCCAUGGAAAUCGCUAACACAGCACAAUAUCUGACCCAGGCAGAGAAGAUACAGCGGUUCAAACUUGUCACACAGGCAUACGAGAUUCUAAAGGAUCCUAGAAAGAAAAACCUAUACGACUGUACACGUUCUGGUUGGGAUAUGGCUGGAAGUGCAGGUCCUACUGGAGCCCAGUCAGCCUAUUAUGCCUCUAGUGCAGCAUAUAACAACUUCUCUGAUCAAUCGUAUGCGUAUUGGAAUGCCGGUAAUUGGGAGGAUGUCCAUAAUUAUCAAAAUAACAGUGGACAGAAGCUUGAUCCCUGGACUUUGCUGAUGUGGUUUGGAGGGCUAUUACUAUGCUUAGAGGGAAGCUCGUUGCUAGCCCGAAUUGAGGAUACACUUACAGAUAAGAGUAUCACAGAGGAUAAUAUUGAAGUAGAGUUGGGGCAGUGUUAUAUCAAUUACGGCCUUGAUACUGACAAAUGGUCACGGCUUAGACGGUUCUUGUGGUUCAGAACAUUUAACAUGUAUCGUUCCAAGGUUGACUUAGAUAGGGAAGCCGAGAAGAACGAGGAUCUGAUCAAGACUUUACAGGAAAAGGUUAAAUGA